GUUGUGCAACUCUGGGUGGGUUGUUGCUCUCUAUGAGGCAAUUUAGAAGGCACAUAAAUUAGAAGAAAUAUAAUCGGAAACGUAAUCCAAGUAGAUCCACAGACAAUACUCAAAAUUCCAAAAAAAUAAAUACUCUUUUUCAAUAUCCGGUUGAUUAAAGAAACGCCAAUAGAAUCGUCAUGUCGCUGCCGAGUGGAAAAGGUCGUAGAACCCUUGGGAGUUCUGGAACUCCGCGGCCUAAUCCUCGGGCUGUGCACUUUGUUAGUCCACCCGAUGGCCACAAAAAGGCCGACAAUGUGCCCGGAUGCUCGAAAAAGUGCCUGGGGGCCUUGGUCUCGGAUCCGGUGGACUCGGUGGAGAGUCUGGGUGCGGAAGGAUCGCCGGGCACCUGCAACAUCCUGUACAAGAACAGCCUCCAGGUGACCGGUACGGACAAGGGGUACGAACCCGGCGCCGACUCCACCGACGACUGGGAGGAUGCGGAUAAGCUGGAAAUCAAAAAUAGAACCGUUCGACCAGAUCAGUGCGGUGUGCUGGAGACCCAAUCCCGGCCCGAUCUGGUGCCCGGCACUCGGCUAGGGGGCUUCCUGCGAGUCCUGGCCCGGAGCCUGCAGCACUGCUCCCUCAGCAUCGCCGCAGGAUUUGGGCUGAGCCAUCAGCACACGGCUUGGUACAAGCACUGCUGGCACAGUCCAAGUAGCACCCAGACCCGGGACAGCCUCCAGCUGAUGGACCAGCUCCACGAAAUGAGGGAAGUUCGGCGGCCAGGCUCCCCAACACCAAGCUCACGUAGGCCAGUUUCCAGUUGCACGGAACUGUGAUACAACACUUUUCCGAUUCCGGAACUUCAAAAGGUGUACAAUAGUUGAGUGUUUUUUGGAUUAAAAUUCAUCCGCAAACGAUCUCACCAUUUUGUUAGUCUUUGUUGUGGGAAGUACCAUUAUCCAUAGCCCGAGAACAGUAACAGAAGUACAUAAUUGCAUUCCUAUUGAGAUUUUCUGCGGUUGUAGGAAGUCCGGCAAGAAAUGAAUCAAUUAUCUAUCGAG